AUGCUCGAACAGAACAAAUUCAAGACGAAAAAACAGCAGCAGGCAUGGAACAAGACGCUGGCCGGACGGUACUACAACGCCAUGGUCAAGCGGCCCUUUUUGUUUUUCGGACUGCCGUUUCUGACCACCAUCUACGCCGCAUCGGUGUACUUUGCUGAGUUCACCGCCUACAGAUACGAGAUCCAGGACGGCAAGGUCAAGGCGCUGUCCGAGGAGGAGGCGCUGAAGCUGGACAAGGGUCGCCGAAAGGUGGACAUGAAGGAGGAGUUUUACCGUCUGCAGCAGCUCGGUAAGCAGGACGACUGGGAGCAGGUCCGAGUGCCUCGAAUGAAGGGGGAGAGUGACAAUGUUUUUUAA